CACUCUUCCCCUCUUCUCCUCCAAGAUGGCGAGCGGAGGCGGCGGCGGGGUGUCGGUUCCUGCGCUGUGGAGUGAGGUGAACCGUUAUGGCCAGAACAGCGACUUCACUCGUGCCCUCAAGACCGUCAACAAGAUAUUGCAGAUCAACAAGGAUGAUGUAACUGCCCUGCACUGUAAAGUUGUUUGCCUUAUCCAGAAUGGAAGUUUCAAAGAAGCCUUGAAUGUCAUCAAUACUCACACCAAAGUGUUAGCCAAUAACUCACUCUCCUUUGAGAAGGCCUAUUGUGAGUACAGGCUGAACAGAAUUGAGAAUGCCUUGAAGACAAUAGAGAGUGCCAACCAGCAGACAGACAAACUAAAGGAGCUUUAUGGACAAGUGCUGUACCGCCUGGAACGCUACGAUGAGUGCUUGGCCGUGUACAGGGAUCUUGUCCGGAACUCCCAAGAUGACUAUGAUGAGGAGAGGAAAACAAACCUGUCGGCUGUCGUUGCAGCUCAAAGCAACUGGGGAAAAGUGUCUCCGGAACACUUGGGUCUCCAAGAAGGCACACAUGAACUGUGUUACAAUGCUGCGUGUGCACUGAUAGGGCAAGGCCAGCUGAACCAGGCAAUGAAAAUCCUACAAAAAGCUGAAGAUCUUUGUCGUCGUUCAUUUUCAGAAGAUUCUGAUGGGACUGAGGAAGACCCACAGGCAGAGCUGGCCAUCAUUCAUGGUCAGAUGGCCUACAUCCUGCAGCUUCAGGGUCGAACAGAGGAGGCGCUACAGCUUUACAAUCAGAUAAUAAAACUUAAGCCAACAGAUGUGGCGCUGCUUGCUGUAAUCGCAAAUAACAUCAUCACCAUUAACAAGGACCAAAAUGUCUUUGACUCCAAGAAGAAAGUGAAAUUAACCAAUGCAGAAGGAGUGGAGUUUAAACUUUCAAAGAGACAACUGCAAGCCAUAGAGUUUAACAAAGCUUUGCUUGCUAUGUAUACAAACCAGGCAGAACAAUGCCGAAAAAUAUCUGCCAGCUUGCAGUCCCAGAGUCCUGAGCGUCUCCUGCCUGUGUUAAUCCAAGCUGCCCAGCUCUGUCGUGAAAAGCAACAUGCAAAGGCAAUAGAGCUGCUUCAGGAAUUUUCUGAUCAACAUCCAGAAAAUGCAGCUGAAAUCAAGCUUACUAUGGCACAGUUGAAAAUUUCCCAAGGUAAUAUUUCCAAAGCUUGUCUAAUACUGAGAAGCAUAGAGGAGUUAAAGCAUAAACCGGGCAUGGUAUCUGCGUUGGUGACCAUGUACAGCCAUGAGGAAGAUAUUGACAGUGCCAUUGAGGUCUUCACACAGGCUAUCCAGUGGUAUCAGAGCCAUCAGCCCAAAUCCCCUGCUCACCUGUCCUUGAUAAGAGAAGCUGCAAACUUCAAGCUCAAGUAUGGACGGAAGAAGGAGGCGAUUAGUGACCUAGAACAGCUAUGGAAACAGAAUUCAAAAGACAUUCACACCCUCGCCCAGCUUAUCUCUGCUUACUCACUUGUGGAUCCAGAGAAGGCGAAAGCUCUCAGUAAGCACCUGCCCUCAUCGGACAGUAUGUCUCUAAAAGUGGAUGUUGAGGCUCUCGAAAAUUCUCCUGGUGCUACGUAUAUUCGGAAGAAGGGUGGGAAAGCUACUGGAGAUAAUCAACCAAAGGAACAAGGACAGGGAGAUUUGAAGAAGAAGAAGAAGAAAAAGAAAGGAAAGCUGCCUAAGAAUUAUGACCCAAAAGUUACCCCAGAUCCAGAAAGAUGGCUACCAAUGCGAGAGCGGUCUUAUUACCGAGGAAGGAAGAAGGGUAAAAAGAAGGACCAGAUUGGAAAAGGAACACAGGGAGCAACUGCAGGAGCCUCCUCCGAACUGGAUGCCAGUAAAACUGUGAGCAGUCCACCUACCUCCCCAAGACCUAGCAGUGCAGCAACAAUAUCUUCCUCUACAAGUAACAUCGUACCCCCAAGACACCAGAAACCAGCAGGGGCCCCAGCAACAAAAAAGAAACAGCAACAGAAGAAGAAGAAAGGAGGCAAAAGUGGCUGGUGAUGACAGUGUACUUGUUGCAGGCUGUUCUUAAUCCAGUGUCAGUGACAUAGGAACAUAAUAAAGGUAACACAGCAGGAAGCAUAGCACUCCCUCCUCCAUCCCCAUAGUCCUGAAAUGCUUUCUUACACUUCAGUGAGAAACUAUCCUCCUCACCAAGUAGCUUUACAGAAGACUGAGAUGACAGCGUACAUGACCUAAGGUUUCCCAGAAUUUAAGCAGAAAGUGUUUCUGUUUCAACUCGUGUGAAGACAGGCGUUUGUGUUAAGUCUCACCUUAAAUUAUGUCUUAGAAGGCUAAAGGUGGAAUCUUCUGAGCAUUCCAAGUAUUUGUUUAGAACUAUCAUGUGAUGAAAAGGGAUCUUAUUACUGAGUGGCCAGAAAGACUCACUGUGUACAAUAAUUUAACCGUAAGUUCUCUGUCCUGUGACACUGGAAUUGGGACUCUUUUGUGUGUAUGUACAUGUGUACACAUCUGACUCCUUUGUACCCUUGUCGUUUUCAGAUUAUGUUAACAUGCUGAUUUAGUUCCACUGAAGACCUCACAGAAAUGUAUCAGUGUUCUAAGCAGUUGACUCUUAGAGCCAGUGUUCUGAGGGCAAAUGGGUUUGGGCUUCUUAAUCUGAACACUUAAUGGCCAUGAUCAAGAACAUAAACUUGAGCUUCUUUAUUUGAAGAGGAAACGGUAUCAGGCCGUAUUGAAAUUUACACGAGCGUUUGGCCCAGUUAGUACUCAGUUGGCUCCCCUUUCUAGUUAUGGGGCGUGACCUUUCAUUACCUUUUUCAAAGUAAUGUGGUUUGCAGUCACAUGGUGGUGUAAAUGUUGCUCUUGUCUUUCAUUGCUCACAGGCAACCUCACACUCAACAGUUACGAGACACAUGGGGUGCCUCCACAUGGUUAGUAUUCAUUUAUGCCACCUGAGAUAGCAUUUAUUUCACACAUUUCCUGUGUCAGAUUACUCUGUCCUUGUUAAUAAAAGUGCUGCUGUGUUUGAGCAUUAUCUAUUGAAGCUUCUUCAGUGAGUUUUUAUAAGGCUCCUGCUCUGUGAAAUUAGAAGUGGGGCAGCUUUUCUGUUCUGCAUAAUCAAUGUGUGCAGUGGCAUGGAACCAUUUACACCAUUCUCCAGAGGCCAGUCUUGCUGAGACUGAAUAACCUUUUACAGGAAUAAUUGUCAUUUAGGAUUCCGUUACAUUUCCUAUGGUUAAGGACAGUUUUUCAAGUUGACCAAUGGAAUCUCGGUGAAAUAUACUGGACUUUGAUAAUUUUGAUCCAAGACACUAUGGGGAAAUACAUACAAAGUACUCUUAGUUGGCAUUAGGAGCAGUUGGUAUUAUCAUUGCUAAGUCACAGAAACCUCAUUUCAAAUAAGUUAUUAAAGUUUAAACUUCAUCUGUAUUAACAUUCUAGUAACUAUU